CCAGCUUGGUCUGGCCACUCAGCGAAGACCAGGUUCCGAGAAGCAAUGGUGAUGAGGGCUUUCGUCCUGCUGGCCGUCUUCGCAGAAGCCUCUGCGAGGUCAUGCAUUCCGAAUAAAGCAGAUGUCAUUCUUGUGUUUUGUUAUCCUAAAACCAUCAUCACCAAAAUCCCUGAGUGUCCCUAUGGAUGGGAACUGCAUCAGCUGGCCCUUGGGGGGCUGUGUUACAACGGGGUCCAUGAAGGAGGUUACUACCAAUUUGUAAUCCCAGAUUUGUCACCUAAAAACAAGUCCUACUGUGGAACCCAAUCCGAGUACAAGCCCCCCAUCUAUCACUUCUUCAGCCACAUUGUCUCCAAUGACAGCACUGUGAUUGUGAAAAACCAGCCCGUAAACUACUCUUUCUCCUGCACCUACCACUCCACCUACUUGGUGAACCAGGCUGCCUUUGACCAAAGAGUGGCCACUGUCCAUGUGAAGAAUGGGAGCAUGGGCACGUUCGAAAGCCAAUUGUCUCUCAACUUCUAUACUAAUGCCAAGUUCUCCACUAAGAAAGAAGCCCCCUUUGUCCUGGAGGCAUCCGAAAUCGGUUCAGAUCUGUUCGCAGGAGUAGAAGCCAAAGGGUUAAGCGUUAGGUUUAAAGUGGUCUUGAACAGCUGUUGGGCCACACCCUCGGCUGAUUUCAUGUAUCCCUUGCAGUGGCAGCUGAUCAACAAGGGGUAG